AUGAGGUUCAAAUUCUUAUUGUUCGUCUGCCUCUUGGCCGUUUGUGGCUCACAAGUGAAGGAUCGUCUCCUCGUGCAGUACACUUGCGCCGGACAGCACUACUGUGACCCAAAGUCGAAGCGUGCUUUUACAGAGACCGGCGGGCUGGUAGUGUGCAACGACGCGAGUGUGGACAGCAUUUAUGAGACCAGCUCCACAUUCCUGGUGCACAAAGUGAAGGCAGCGUUGUGGUGGGGAUAUGAGGGGAUAACCUGGCGACAUGGCCUCGCUUGCUGGGAUCAAUAUCAAGACCUGGCGCCCACCAAUGAGAGCAGCGAUUUUGUCUGGUACGGCGAUCAUUGUCAAAGGACCAUGGUGUCGGAAUGCGUCAAUUGCCCGGCCGGAUGGGAGUACAGACCGCCCAAGUCGAAUAGCCCGUUCUCCUGCGUGCCCAGCCACGAGGACGGCUGGCUGAUGCAACAGCUACGCGACGCUCCGUAUGAGCGGUUGUCGGCGAUGGAGGUGAUUCCGACACCGCGAUAUUGUCCUGAGGGCUUCUUCGAGCGCACCAACUGGCAACUAGGCGAGCUGUGUCGCCCGUGCCCAAAGAACUGCUUGCGUUGCAUGUUCCCGGAUAGUUGCACAAUGUGCCAGCCCGGUUUCUUGCCGACGUUCAACAACUCGCACUGCGACCCGCUGCUGCCCCCCGGGAAGACGUCAGACUACAGCCUCGAGGAGAUCCUGACACCCCGGCCCUACUGUGAUUCGGACGAGUUCCUGCUAUACAGCCGCUGCAUGCCGUGCCAAGAAUACCUGCCACAUUGCGUGACGUGCCAAGCCACCACCAAGGUUACGGAGUCGGUAUGCACGAGGUGUGAGCGCGGCUAUUUGCUGUCGAAGGACAAGCACCGGCAGCGAUGCGUUCAGAUGUGCAAGAGGCCCGGAACCUACCCAACCAACAAGUUUCCGUUCUACUGCCGACGAUGCCACUACACCUGCAGGACGUGCUGGGGACCAUCGAACCUUGAAUGCCACGGAUGCUACUUUUUCGCCUUCAUAGAUGAACAAUCAUUGCUGUUGCGCUGUGGCAUCCUGCCCGGAGAUCCGCCCUCCCCGGACGUCACCAAGUUCACCCCGGUCUUUAUCGCAUACGCGAGGAAAAAAUUGGAGGCGGGUUUUUCGGUGUCGUCGAGGCCUAGGCUCUUAUUUUUGGAGUUUUUUACCAACAGAUUCUAUCGUACCAUAUCCUUCAUGCGCAUCACCACGUGGCUGUGGUCGGAGUUGUGGGAGUCGAUCGAGGAACGGCGCGAGGCUGCCAAGGACGUGCCGCUGUGGGGAAAAUAUCCCAAAUUUUGCCGUGACAACAAGUGCCUCGACCAUUGUGACCCGGCGACCGCUACACUUUUCCAUCCGUGCCCCACUUGCUUGCCCGGCUACUACAAGGACAUGCGGGGAUACUGUAUUCCGGAUUGCCCAGACAUCGUCUCCGAAGCGGCCCUGGCUCAUCUCGCAGAGCUUGUGGUGUUGAAGCGAAGCAAGAGCAAGAGCGGCUCUGUCGGAUCGGGCAGCUGGUCGCGCAGGGCGACGCGUCGCGGUUCAGCAGCUACACUCGAAUCUUAUGCCUGCAACACCAGAUAUGACUCUUCCUCGUCCAAUGGUUCGACACGCAGGCGCAAGAGGCGCGUGUUCAUCAGGCCAAACAUUGGUGCAAAGGCCUUCAGAAGCUGGCGAAAGAGGCAAAAGGCGGAAAAGAAGGCGCAGGGAUUACCGGUUAGCGUGACGCAGGACAGCUUGUGGACUUCCGGCUACUCCGAGCCAACCCAGGAAACAGCCGAAAAACCAGCGGUGCCAAUUCCAAGCCAACGAUCUGUAGCAGAAGACGCGACGUCGGGAGACCGGCUGAAUUCUGAUCCGCUCUCAUCUGCUGCGGCCUCCCAAAAAUCUGCUCGUGAAGAGCCCGAGCCGCACCCGAAUCGAAGCAGCCCCGUCAGCUCGUGGCCA